AUGUGGACCUCGGGGUUACUGAGGCCCAAGUCUCUCCCUCCUCACACUGGGUUCCCUGAGGACUGCAAGCCCAGGUCUCGGCAUUCCUCAGGGUCUUUCUCCGUCCUCAUGGCGGGCGCCCGGGGGCAGGGGCUAGAGGUAGUGGCGGUGUCUGUGUGCUCGCCGUCCCCGCCGCCGAGCUUCAGCAAUUCCACUAUGUCGCUAUUGUCACCCCUCGGGCACCAGAGCUUCCCGUUUGACGAGGAUGACGGUGAUGAGGAUGAGGAGGACGUGGCCAAGGUGGAGAGCCUGAAAGGAAUGGAGUUACUGGGGCGUGCCAGUGAGGUUGAAUCAGAAGAUACCCAAGAAAAACAAAAGCAGGUGUACUCACCAGAAAGCAGCUUGACACCUUGGGAAGUGUGGUUUGUUGGCAAAGAAAAGGAAGAGCGUGACCGUCUGCAGCAGAAAGCUCUAGAGGAAUUGAAUCAACAAUUAGAAAAAAGAAAAAAUAUGGAAGAACGUGAAAAAAGAAAAAUAAUUGCUGAAGAAAAGCACAAGGAAUGGGUUCAGAAAAAGAAUGAACAGAAAAGAAAAGAAAGGAAGCAAAAAAUUAAUAAAGAGAUGGAGGAAAAAGCAGCUAAAGAAUUAGAGAAGGAACAUUUGCAAGAAAAAGCAAAAGAAAAAUAUCAAGAAUGGCUUAAGAAAAAAAAUGCUGAAGAAUGUGAAAAGAAGAAGAAAGAAAAGGAAAAAGAAAAACAACGACAGGCUGAAUUACAAGAAAAAAAGGAAACAGCAGAAAAAAAAUUUAAGGAAUGGUUGGAAAAUGCAAAAAGUAAACCUCGUCCAGCUGCAAAGAGCUAUGGUUAUGCCAAUGGAAAACUUACAGGCUUUUACAGUGGAAAUUCCUAUCCAGAACCAGCCUUUUAUAAUCCAAUUCCAUGGAAACCAAUUCAUAUGCCUCCUCCCAAAGAAGCCAAGGAUCUAACAGGGAAGAAGAAUAAAAGACCUGUGAUAAGUCAGCCACACAGGUCAUCACCGUUGCUAAUUCAUAAGGCCAGAAGCAAUCUUUGCCUUGGAACUCUGCACAGAAUACAAAGAUAG